AUGGCUGGCGACUCUUCAUCCAGUGACGCAUCAGCUACAACCAAACCUGUCACUCUUCAUCCUAUAUACACGGUUGCAAAUAUCCAGAACAAGGUUCGUGUGCUCGAUGGUACAAAAGUAACCUAUUCAGCAUGGGUAAAGCUCUUCAUGCUUCAUGCAAAGGGCUACAAAGUUCUCCAUCACAUUGAUGGAACUGCUUCUCCAAAGGAAAACGACCCGACUUACGAGACUUGGGUUGAAAUUGAUUCCAUUGUGUUGCAAUGGAUCUAUGGAACUCUUGCAGAUGAUAUUCUCACUCGUGUUCUUGAAACAAACACCACAGCUAGGAAUGCAUGGUUGAAAAUUCGUGAAAUAUUUUUGAAUAACAAAGGUGUUAGAGCAGCGGCUCUAGAACAACAGUUCACAAAUCUAACUCUCUCAUCUUGCUCAUCUCGUGAUGAGUAUUGCAAAAAAUUGAAGGAUCUUGCGGAACAACUCGGUGAUGUCGAGCACGAGGUAACCGAGUCACGACUCGUCACCCAACUAGUUAGAGGCCUGCCUCCGGAAUAUGACAUCACUACAUCAUUGAUUAAUCAAAAAUCACCAGGAUGGGACAUUGCAACAACUAUGCUUGAUCUGGAAUCUCAACGACUUGAGGCUAGGCAACAAUCUUCCACAAGCAACAUGGUUCUCACGUCGGCUACUAACUCUCAACUACCAAACGGUUCUCAACCACCUGGAAACCCUACCAGCCAGCCGACCUACUACACUCGCCUCGAAGGGCAGAAACAAUUUUACAGGGGAACAAGUCGUGGUCGCGGAUAUUGUGGUCGAAAUUCUCGCGGAAGACACUUUCAACCUCAAAUUCACGGCCCAAAUCAGCAACCACAAUGGACCUGGAAUGGUCAACAACAGUAG